GUAAAAAAGUUAAAGACCAAAGCAAGAGAGAGGAGACUGUGUGUAAGAGAGGAACAGAAAAGAGAGCCAAAGCCAAGUCAUGUCGGCUUCGACCGAACAUUGACGAUAUAUACACUUUAUAUAUAUAGAGAGAGAGAAGAAGCCGAAGAAGGAGAAGAAGAGAGAGAGAGGCCACUGUGUGUAUAUGAUUUUCGAUCCAGUCGGUAUUUGUUCAUUGAAGCCCUAACUUGCUGUUGCUGUUUUUGGAUCCUACGGAUUUGAAGAGCUCAAGAAAAGAUUGACUUUGCUGAUCCCUGAGGACUUGUGGUUUUGUUAUGGCAUUUACUAGCACCAAUCAUGCUCCUGUUGGACAUCCUCAUACAGGAGGAUGCAAUGAUGCUCUGUACAAAGAACUAUGGCAUGCCUGUGCUGGACCUCUUGUCAACCUUCCUCGUGAUGGGGAGCGGGUUUAUUAUUUUCCACAAGGUCAUAUGGAACAGCUUGAAGCUUCAAUGCAUCAAGGGUUGGAGCAGCAAAUGCCUUCAUUCAAUCUUCCAUCAAAAAUUCUUUGUAAAGUAGUCAAUGUUCAGCGAAGGGCUGAACCUGAAACUGAUGAAGUUUAUGCACAAAUUACCCUGCUUCCAGAGCCAGAUCAAAGUGAGGUUACUAGCCCUGAUCCUCCACUGCCAGAACCUGAAAGAUGCGCAAUUCAUUCAUUUUGUAAGACGCUUACUGCUUCUGACACAAGCACUCAUGGUGGUUUCUCUGUUCUUCGAAGGCAUGCGGAUGAUUGUUUGCCUCCCCUGGAUAUGUCCCAGCAGCCACCUUGGCAAGAAUUGGUUGCCACUGAUUUGCAUGGCAAUGAAUGGCAUUUCCGACAUAUUUUUCGGGGUCAACCUAGACGCCACCUGCUCACAACCGGGUGGAGUGUCUUUGUUAGUUCAAAAAAGUUAGUGGCAGGCGAUGCAUUCAUCUUUUUGAGGGGAGAAAAUGGAGAACUUCGUGUUGGAGUAAGGAGACUUAUGAGACAGCAGAUUAAUAUGCCAUCUUCUGUUAUAUCUAGCCAAAGCAUGCAUCUUGGGGUUCUUGCCACUGCAUCUCAUGCCAUUGCGACAGGAACUCUUUUUUCCGUCUUCUACAAGCCAAGAACAAGUCGUUCCGAGUUCAUUGUAAGUGUCAACAAGUAUCUUGAAGCUCGGAGCCACAAGCUUUCUGUUGGGAUGAGGUUUAAGAUGAGAUUUGAGGGUGAGGAAGUACCUGAACGAAGGUUUAGUGGCACUAUUGUUGGUGUUGGAGAUAAUAUGUCAUCAGGGUGGGCUGAUUCUGAAUGGAGAUCCUUAAAGGUCCAAUGGGAUGAGCCUUCUUCAAUCUUGCGUCCAGAUAGAGUAUCACCGUGGGAAUUGGAGCCUCUUGUUGCAACUACUCCUUCGAACUCCCAACCUGUGCAAAGGAACAAGCGGGCACGGCCGACUGUUUUACCUUCACCUACACCAGAUUUGUCUGCACUUGGUAUGUCAUUUUUCCCAUUAGUAUUUCCUCAUUUCAUUUGUUUGUGUUGGUUUGUAAUGAAAACCUGUUGGUGGUUGUGUGCAUUAGGUAUGUGGAAACCCGCAACUGAGUCUCCUGCUUUAUCAUAUGGUGACUCUCAUCGUGGACGGGAUCUUUAUCCAUCUCCCAAUUUCUCUACAACUGCAAAGGCCAAAUCUCUUGGCUUUUGUGGCAAUAGUCCAUUGCCUGCCGUUUCCCCCAACUCAAUGUAUUGGCCUAACCGGGUGGAAAGUGUUACAGAUUCUGUUGUCCCAGUUAUUAACAAAGAUUCUGGAGAGAGAAAACAAAGCACCGGAACUGGUUACAGGCUUUUCGGGAUUCAACUUGUUGACAACUCCAAUGUGGAACAAACUUCACCAUUACCUGUUACAUCUGGAAUGGUGGAUGAUUGCCCUAUUGUGUCUUUGGAUGCUGAAUCUGAUCGACAUUCUGAGCCAUCAAAUGUUAAUCGAUCUGAAAUCCCUUCAGUAAGUUGUGAGCCUGAGAAAUCAUGCCUGAGAUCUCCUCAAGAGUUGCAAAGCCGGCAAAUCAGAAGCUGCACAAAAGUUCACAUGCAGGGAAUUGCUGUUGGUAGAGCUGUUGAUUUGACACGGUUUGACUCUUAUGAGGACUUGCUUAGGAAGCUAGAGGAUAUGUUUGACAUUGAAGGUGAGCUCAGUGGAUCAACAAAGAAAUGGCAAGUUGUCUAUACCGAUGAUGAAGAUGACAUGAUGAUGGUUGGGGACGACCCAUGGCACGAGUUCUGCAGCAUGGUGAGGAAGAUUUUCAUAUAUACAUCCGAGGAAGUCAAGAAGUUAUCACCCAAGAUUAAACUUCCAGUCAAUGAAGAGAUUAAAGCAACCAAAGCUGAUACUGAACCUGAUACAGCAGUUAACAUGGAUGACCAAUCAUCUGUUGUUGGGCCUGGGUGCUAAUAAGCCCAAGCAAUUCUACCAUGAAUGGCUGUUAAGGGGUUAGGAAAAGAAGUGAUAAAGAGGGAGAAUUUGGUGAAGAUCAUGUUUGUAUUAUAGUGGUGCAUGCGGAAUGGCCAGUGACAUUUCCAGACAUGCACGCUAAAUUACUGUUCAGAUGGAAGGUGGCUGUUUGCUGAACGUCAUUUGUGGAGAGUGAGACUGUUAUCUUUAAAAAUAGGUUUUCGGUUUUUACUUUGUAUUAUUUUGCAAGAAAACUUGUAGUGCUUGUUUGUUUGGAUUCAAGUAGGCUGAAAAGUUUGUCCAUUCCACCUCUUCUGCUUAGCAAAUGAAGAAUGGAGAAUAUUCAGUUUCUCUUGUAUUUUUUGCUUGUUUCGUUUGAAUGUUUCAUUGUUACACUGGCACAUGUGGCCUUUUGUAUAUAAUAGCCCUUCUUAUCA